AUGGGGGUGGAGGGUGGAGUUUUCUGCCAAGAGAGGGCGUCAAACCUGAUUUCAGUCCAGCAGGGGGCGCUGUCUGCGGUGACUUUGAGACUGAACAUCAGUGAGGAGCAGCUCGACCUGCUGCGGACUCAGAACACAGUCCAGCAAGGGGCGCUGUCUGCGGUGACUUUGAGACUGAACAUCAGUGAGGAGCAGCUCAACCUGCUGCGGACUCAGAACACAGAGCUGGAGGUCGGACUCCGAGCUUUAGAGUUCACAGUGAACCAGCUGCAGACUGAACGUGAAGUCCAGCAGGGGGCGCUGUCUGCGGUGACUUUGAGACUGAACAUCAGUGAGGAGCAGCUCGACCUGCUGCGGACUCAGAACACAGUCCAGCAAGGGGCGCUGUCUGCGGUGACUUUGAGACUGAACAUCAGUGAGGAGCAGCUCAACCUGCUGCGGACUCAGAACACAGCUGUGUUUGCUGCAGAGCUGGAGGUCGGACUCCGAGCUUUAGAGUUCACAGUGAACCAGCUGCAGACUGAACGUGAAGUCCAGCAGGGGGCGCUGUCUGCGGUGACUUUGAGACUGAACAUCAGUGAGGAGCAGCUCGACCUGCUGCGGACUCAGAACACAGUCCAGCAAGGGGCGCUGUCUGCGGUGACUUUGAGACUGAACAUCAGUGAGGAGCAGCUCAACCUGCUGCGGACUCAGAACACAGCUGUGUUUGCUGCAGAGCUGGAGGUCGGACUCCGAGCUUUAGAGUUCACAGUGAACCAGCUGCAGACUGAACGUGAAGUCCAGCAGGGGGCGCUGUCUGCGGUGACUUUGAGACUGAACAUCAGUGAGGAGCAGCUCGACCUGCUGCGGACUCAGAACACAGCUCAGACCACUCUGCUGACUGGACUCUCUUCCAGACUGGAAGCUGCAGAGAACCAGAGCUCCGAGCUGGAGGUCAGACUGAGAGUCAGCGAGAAACAGCUGGAAGACCUGAAGACUGAAAACACAGAGCUGGAGGUCAGACUGAGAGUCAGCGAGAAACAGCUGGAAGACCUGAAGACUGAAAUCACAGCUUUGGGUGUCAGACUGAAUGAAUCCUUCAAUGGUCUUUCUCUCACAAACACAACUGCAGAUGACCAGAAGGUGGCGUUCUCAGCGGGUCUGACUGAUUCAGGACCAGUCGGACCGUUUGAUGAGGAGAGGACUCUGAUCUUCUCCAAAGUCAUCACAGACAUCGGCAACGCAUACAACCAGACAACAGGUGUAUUCAGGGCUCCUGUCAGAGGACUGUAUUUCUUCAGCUUCACGGCAGCAGAUUACCAGAAAGGUUACAUGGGUCUCCACCUGUACAGGAACAAUCUACCAAUCAUUUUCAACCUGGACCUGAACGACCAUGGCGGCUACGCCUCCACAUCUAACGGUGUGGCACUGCAGCUGGAGGCGGGUGACGAGGUCCGCCUCAGUCUGCCAGCCAGCUACCGACUCUACGAUGACGUCCGAAACUUCAGCGUGUUCUCAGGCUUCCUGCUGUUCGCCAUCUGAACGGUCCAAAGACGAGAGUAGGAGUGAGAGGUGAACAGACACAUGUAGCCGCUUUAGGAGAAGUCGAGAAGAAAGAACAGGAAAAACAGAACUUAAAACAAGUCUGAAAAUUUAUUCAACUUGACCUGAAAACAUAAAAACAUUUGGAGCUGAACUUUGACCUUUCCGUUACAACUAUUAAACCAAAGACCCUCUACAGUGUUCCUCUAACAUGUAAAAAAUGAACAUAAUCAUUCACAGUCUGUAACAGCUCAACACAAUAAAUACAAACUGUCACCUGAA